AUGUCUUCAAGUGACACACUCUUUGGCUUCUUUCUCUUAGGGCAGGUUGUUACUGGGAUUGUGGCAAACUCAGUGCUCUUCCUGCUGUAUGCAUACGUCUUCCUCCGCCAGCCUCAUCUGAAGAAAUCUGUAGAUUCGAUUUUCAUGCACCUGACAACGGUCAAUACUUUAGGUAUCAUAUUCCAGACUCUACCAGAAAUCAUGUCAUUCUUCAGAGUUAAAAAAUUCUUGGAUGAUAUUGGCUGUCAGACUUUUCUGUACCUGUACAGAGUUACCCGGGGCCUUUCCAUCUGCACUACGUCUCUGCUGAGUGUGUUUCAGGCCAUCACUGUCAGUGCCAGUCAUUCUAAAUGGGCGUGGCUGAAGUCUCAACUCUCCGAGUGGAUUUUGCCCUCUUUGCUUUCCUUCUGGGUCAUCAACAUGGUGAUCAACGUGCAUAUAAUUAGAAUUGUAAGAGCCAAAUCGAAUGACUCCUUUGUUGGUAAGGGAUAUGUGCAUGCCUACUGUGAAAGCGGUAAGUUUAACAAUCAUCUUCCAGGUUUAUUUAUAAGUGUCAUUAUGAUCCAUGAUGUCCUGUUUAUGGUGCCCAUGGUCGGGAGCAGCCUCUACAUGGUGCUCAUCCUCUACAGACACCGCAGGAGAGCCCGGCACAUCCACAGCCUCACUCACUCUUCUCAGUCAUCUGCAGAAAACAAAGCCACCCGCACUAUCCUCCUGCUGGUAUCAUGCUUCGUGUUCUUCUAUGUCGCGAACAACUUUUUGACUUUCUAUGGGAUUUAUAAAUAUGAGAAAAACUAUCUAUUGGAGUGUGUUGCUAGAAUUUUAUCAGCAUGCUACCCAACAUUCUGCCCCUUUUUGCUGAUGAAGAAUAAUAAAAUCAUUCCAAAAUUGACUUCUUUCCUUUCAAAUAUGAGAAUGAUCUUUUCUCCACGAGCUCAGUGUGGCUGA